AUGGCGUCCACAGUGAAUGAAACUAUCGAAACUCGGCUGUUCAUUAACGGCGAAUUCCGAGAAUCGUCUAUUAGAAAAACAUUUGAGGUUGUAUAUCCAUACACCAAAGAGGUCGUUGCGCAAGUUCAAGAAGCCGACAUACAAGACAUAGAAGAUGCACUGCGCAACCUAUCCCAGCUCAUCCUGGAAUCAAACAAUGAGCUGGCGAAGUUCGAGACACUCUCCACCGGCCGACCAAUCUCGCAUUUUAUUGACGCCAGUAUAGCAGCCGAGUUCUCCGGAUACUUCGCUGGAGGUGGUUGGACCGCGCAGGGAACGGCCAGCCUCAACACACCGGACCACCUAAACCUAACCGUCAAGCAGCCAUAUGGCGUAGUAGCACUUAUCAUCCCGUGGAACUUCCCGCUCAUCAUGUUUGCCGGGAAAGUGGCACCCGCACUGGCGGCAGGCAAUACAGUUGUAUUGAAGAGCAGUGAGAAGGCACCGUUGACGUCUCUCUAUGUAGCCAAGCUAAUUGAGAAAGCCGGCUUCCCACCCGGAGUUAUCAACGUCAUCUCUGGCUUCGGCAACCCUACCGGGGCGGCUUUGGCAUCGCACAUGGCCGUCCGCUGUAUCAGCUUCACUGGUUCCACGGCGACGGGCCAGAAGAUCCAGGCGGCAGCUGCAAAGUCAAACAUGAAGCACGUGCAUAUGGAGCUGGGCGGGAAGUCACCGGCAAUUAUCUUCGAAGACGCGGAUCUGGAGACAGCUGUUGCGCAGACACAAUUCAGCAUUCAGUUUAGUAGCGGACAAGUGUGCGCGGCGAACUCACGAAUCUAUGUGCACGAGUCAGUGGCUAAACAAUUCAUUAAACUAUUCCGCGAGAAGCUUGCUGCUGUCUGGAUGGGCGAUCCACUUGACCCUGCCACCUCGCAUGGCCCGCAGAUUGAUCUGCUGCAGUAUAACCGGAUCAAGGAAUACCUUGAUAUCGGGGAGAAAUAUGGAACACUCAGUCUAGGCGGUGAUGCAAAUGAUGGGUUCUUUGUGCGGCCGACUAUCUUUGAGGGCGUUGCUGAAGACUUGCGGCUGAUGCAAGAGGAGGUUUUUGGCCCGGUUGUUGCAAUCAAUACCUUUUCCACUGAGACUGAAGCAAUUGAGAAGGCAAAUGAUUCGGAGUUUGGCCUGUACGCUGCUGUCUUUACCAAGGAUAUUGAUCGUGCCAUUCGUUUACCCAAGGCCCUGGAUGCGGGCACUGUUGGGGUGAACUGCACUAGCCCGACGAGCGCUAAGGAUGCUGCUUUUGGUGGUUUCAAGAUGAGUGGGAAUGGCCGGGAGGGGUUCUUGUAUAGUCUUGACAGUUUCCUUGAGACUAAAAGUAUUUGA